GUUAGCGCUAACUCUAUCUUUCACAUUUACAGCAAAAUGGAUUUUAUGCUUUAAAUUAUCAAGAAAGUUGUUUGUAAGUUAUUUCAUCAUUUCUCUAUAAAAUAAAAGCAGGGCUAUUUGAAAUCCGUAGUGUAAUAAUCAUAAAAUGAAUGAUGCAGGACCAGCAUUCGUUCAGUCAGUGUGCUGCAGUGUGCAUGUUUUAGAUAGAAUCUGAUGUGGGCUGGUCGCGGGGACACCUGGAGAAAUAUGAUUGAGGGCAAUGAUUGGUUUGGGACCAUCCAUAAAUACUAUAAUUAUAACGGAGUGGUGUUAGUGUAUAAAAUAACACUCUGCAACAUUGUCGUAAUGAUAGUCAGUAAUUGUGAAAUUUUUGCCUUGAGUUUUCAUAAUGACAAAUGAACUUACCUUACCAGACAUGGCAAAAGUAAUAUCAGCGUAGGCGUAUUCGCCCUAGGGACAAUUUAAGUCAUUCCGGGGGCCAUCCAUAUACUAUACUAUACUAUACUAUUAUUUAGUUAUAGUAGGUACGAUGAGGGGGGGGGGGGAGAGGGUUUGUCGAUUUUUUUUUAGGGGGGGGGGGGUCUCACAGCGGAAAGUGCAUAAUUAAAAAAUACUUCAAUAUUAAUCCUGAAAGUACAAAAAUAGCAUAUUAACAUAUUUCCAUAGAGAGGGUUUGUCGAUUUUUUUUUAGGGGUGGGGGGGUCUCACAGCAGAAAGUGCAUAAUUAAAAAAUACUUCAAUAUUAAUCCUGAAAGUACAAAAAUAGCAUAUUAACAUAUUUCCAUCUCAAAUGCUGUAAAAAUAUCAUGCAAUGUUUUGUAGGAAUUAUCUUCAUAAUGUUGCCAUGAAAAUUCAGAAAUGAACUUGCUCGAUAUAGGCCUAUUAUUCAGAAAGUAGUGGAGGCAUUACAGUAAUAUUUAGUCCACCAUAUGUUCAACGUCGAUGCAACACAUAUUUUGUUUGCAGAGGUCAAUGCCAAACUGAAAUUUUCACUAGGCUCCCUUUGUUAAAGGGACGCGUUAUCCACACAGCUCUGUGAAUAAUGUUGAGCGUUAUCGGCAGACCGAGAUCUGCGAAUAACGCCGAGCGUUAUUGGCUCGGUAGACCAAAAUCUGCGAAUAAUGCAGAGUGUUAUUGUUAGACAGAAAUGUUCUCAUAAUGACGCACAUUUCUAGAAAUAAUUAAGAUCACAUUCCAAGCCGGGGUAGGGGUGUAGUUUUAAGUAGUGUAAGAUAGAUAGAUCGUUAAUGAGAAUGGCACAAACACAUCUCAAAACCGAAGCUACCGGUAUGCACAAGUUAAAUUAAACAAAUUUAAUAGGCCUAACUAUAGCCUAUAUAUUGGAUAUAGGACAAUUAAUUGUGCCUACAUCUGCUCUGUUAGGGGCCAACACAUUCGACCUAUAAUAGAGUGUUACUAAUAGAUCCAGUCAAACCUCCUACUCCUAGACAUAGCUAAUUUUCUGGUAUUUCAUAUUAAAUGUUAUACCAGUAAUAAAAAUGGUACCGGUAUUCUUCAUGUAGACUCACUUUCACCCAUUGUAGAGAUGUCUUUAAAUGAUGUCAAAGCUUGAUAGGAUAUCGUUUAGUUAUUUUAAAGCACUAUGAUAUAUCACGUAGUCCAGAAAUGUUCUGUCAGAAAUAGUUGACAUGCCGUGCAACAGUGUUAUGAUGCAGAGAGGUGUCUCCAUCAGGCGGCCAUGUGAGAGACGGGGAGGGGCAUAUAGGCCCUACAUCGAUAAUAACAGAAUCUAAUCCUGUUUAAGGCUAGUAUUUUUUCCUGAUCCUUGAGGGUGUCCCUAAGUCUACCCAGCUCUGGCCUUAGCUGGGGAAAAGUAAAGCUGGCUGGUUAUUGCGCUGGCCAUACACUCACACUUGUAAACGCUGCUUCAAUUGCCCCAAGGGAACUUUACUUCCCAAAGACUCGCAAUGCAUCCUACGACCAGCAGGGUUCCAAUUAAUUUUUGUAUGCUUUUUUUGUAUUUAGACCCAUAGUUACAACAGUGGCAGUAUGGCUUUUUGUUUCAAUUAUCAACAUUUUUUUUGACAAGAGCUAAAAUUGUUGAUGUCAAUGAUAUUGAUAUGUUUUAAGUACGGUACCGGUAUGUUCCUUUCAUUGUCAUCACUAAAUGUUAUUUCAUCUAUUUCUGGAGCGGCAUAUUGUGUCCCUACUUAUUAUGAUACUUAUUAGAAAAUAAAAUGAAACAAAUAAAACGUGACAUAUUUUUUCAGCUAAACAUUAAUACACAACUCUGAGAUCUAAAAUAUUUGAAUAAGUAAGUUAUUAAUAAUUAUUUGUUUAUUAGAGAAAAAACAAAUGGAUGUUAAAGUCUAUGAGUGGAAUUAUACAAAGAAAAUUAAACAGUCAAAAGAGCUAAAAGUAUAUCACAAUGUACAGUUAGAACAGCUGUAUCUGACUUAAACAUGGUUUAUGCGGCUCAUCUUCGUGUCCAUGUUAUUUACAUUUUUUUAACGAAACUUGAAUGAACAUUCUAACAAAAUAGAUUGAAACUUGUAACGUAAGUAACAAAACUAUAUGAAAAUAAUAAUAAAACUAUGUGAACAGAAUAAGAAAGCUAUAUGAAGAAUAUUAUUAUAAUAUAACACUACGAAAUAACCAUUAAAUAUUUUAAAAUUUUUUUUAUUUACGGUAUAAAAAUGAGACGGGGAAUCGAAUCUAUGUCUGCCGGGUGUCGGGCGGAGAUACUGACCACUACACUACCGAGGAGAUGUUUGCAUACGAACUUUGUAUUUUAUAUUCAUAAUUUAAUUUAUCACAUUCUGCGAAUAAUGUCGAGCGUUAUCGGCAGACCGAAAUCCGUGAAUAACGGCGAGCGUUAUCCGCUCAGCUCUGUGAAUAAUCACUUCGUUUGUUAAAUUCCAACAAGUAGCCUACACUUCGAAAUAGCGAAUACAUAAAAGAAAAUGGGGUUGGGUAAAAAUAAAUACAACACCUAUGUAGGUCACUAAGCGCCAUCGAGUAACUGCUAACAGUAGUUACUCAAGUGGGUUACUGUUUGCACUAGGAACGCUAGAUGUCACAUUGGAUUAAAAUGAUGUCUUGUAAUAUUUUUCAAUGCCAUCGUAGUAACCCUUAUAGAAAAAUAUCCCCAGCACCACAAUGAAAACCGGUGACACAUUUUAUUGCCUGUAAAAUCAUAAUUGUAAAAUAUUGUUUGAUUUUUUUUCUCUUAUUUUUCGCGUGUUGGGGGGGGGGGAUUACAGUGGCUUCAUUUAAAUUUCAAAUUAUUCUGUACUAGUACGUUAUAAUUGUAUUAUAUUUUAUAGCUAUUGAAACAAGUGAUUUAAGGUGAUAUGGGGGCUUUAAAAAUACAUUGAUGCAACGGAGGAGAGGGGAUGUGUGAAAAUGUCUUUUUCUCUUAAGUAAUGCUUAAUGUAUAGAUUUUUUAAAAAUCGUCAAUUGCAUGUAACAGUAGUUCUUAUAUGUGGUUACAAGUACCAGCAAAUUAAUGUCGUCUUUGAAUAUUUAAAAAAUUGCCCUCCACUAAGCAGAUCAGCAGUUUAUUUGCAAUUAAUUAAUUUAUUCUCUAAUAGAUCAUCAACAUGAGUGAAGUUUACCCAGCAGAACCAUCAAGCGGCUCACCUUCAAAGCCAGACAAUGUUAGGCUUGUUCCUGAUAUUCCAGAAGAAGAGGCUUCAAGUGCUUUGAUUGAAGAUGAAGAAAUAUCUGAUUUUGAUUGCACAGGUCCUUCCCCGAACAUUAAUAGCAAUAAUAAUGUAAACGAUGACAUGGUUGAUCCAAGUAAGAUUAUCACAGAUGAAAUGCUUCAAGAAGAAAUGCGUUUGUACUCCUCCGGUUCUAAGGAAGAAGAGAAAAGAUUGGAGGAGGAGGCAAGGCUUAUUGAAGAAAUGACAGAUCAGUCUCGAGAUUUAAAGUACGAGCGCCUGAAAUUUCUUUUAAGUAAGAGCACCAUGUAUACUGAGUACUUAGUAGGGCGUAUCAAGGUUCAGAAAGAGGAGGAGGAAAAGAGAAAAGCACGGAUGCAGAAGAUGAAGCUGAAGAAAGAAGAGCAAGAAAAGGACUUAGCAAGGAAUCAUGAAAGUGUUACAGCCAAAGAGAAGGCAGGCAUAAAUAAUACACAGGGAAACUCAAGGCAAAAACGAGGAAUCAAUAAAAGGAAUGAUGACGACAAAGGUGAUCCCCCCACUAAGUCUAAACGUCAAAAGAAAAAUGCAACAUCACCUUCAGGCAAUGCCCAAAGCUCAGGAGGACAAGAGGGUAGUUGUAUGUACCUUGAUGACAAAAAGGCUCCAGCCGAUAAUAAUUGUGCAUUAAAGACAGAUGAAGAGCGAACAGCUCUUGAGGAGCCUGAACUUAAAGAAAAGGCUUUAACAUUUGGUAUUGAUGAAGUGGAAGAAAAACGAGUGAUCAAUGGAGAGGAGGUUUCCUUCCUUCAGCCUAAACUAAUGGAGGGUGGGGUGUUAAGACCAUAUCAGAUAGAAGGAUACAGUUGGUUAAAAGUCUUAUAUGAAAAUGGGGUCAAUGGAAUUCUAGCUGAUGAGAUGGGCUUGGGAAAAACAGUUCAAUGUGUUGCUAUUCUGUCCCAUCUGAUAUAUAUGGGAAUCGCUGGACCCUUUUUAAUAUGUGCACCCUUGUCCACAAUUCCUAACUGGUUUGCUGAAUUCCAACGAUUUGCACCAAAAGUACCCACACUUCUUUACCAUGGUACAAAAGACAGUCGUACUCAACUCAGAAAAACCAUGCACCGCAGAUUUAAAAUAAGAGAAGGUGUCUUUGUUCAGCCAGUAGUCAUCACAUCAUAUGAAAUGGUAAUGAUUGACCGAAAGACACUGGCCAAUUAUGACUGGAAGUAUCUCAUUGUUGAUGAAGGUCAUCGAAUUAAAAACACUCAGUGUCGGCUCAUCCGAGAUCUGCGGAUGUAUAGAUCAACACAUCGACUUUUACUGACGGGCACCCCGUUGCAAAACAAUCUUUCAGAGCUUUGGUCCUUGCUUAACUUCCUUCUCCCUGAAAUCUUUGAUGAUUUAGGUAGUUUUGAAUCAUGGUUUGACAUAAAUUUUAUCAACGGCGUCGAGUCAAAUGAGAAAAUUGUCCACCAAGAGCAAUCCAACAACAUUCUAAGCAUGCUGCAUCAGAUUUUAUCACCUUUCAUGUUGCGGCGCCUUAAGUCUGAUGUUGAUCUAAAGAUUCCGCCCAAGAAGGAGAUCAUCGUGUACGCUCCUUUGACACAACUGCAGAAAGAUUUCUACACUGCUGUAGUUGACAAGAGCAUCUUCAGUUACAUUGAAAAGGAUGAUGUCGUAGAAGAAGAAAAAGUAGAGAAAAAUUUAAGCGGAAGGCCCAAGCGUAGCACAUGCAGAAAGGUCAAUUACGAGUUAAUGAUGGAGUCUGAGAUAAAGAAAUCUAAUGUUUCAAGUCAUGCCAAUAAAAGAGGAGUGAAAGGUGUUGAGGAAGAUUUGGAGCGGGAAGAAAUGGAGCUAGAGAGUUGGGUCUACUCUAUGAAUGACAACUUCUCUUCCACUACCAAGUAGGUCUAUGAGUGGUAUUAAAUAUGUGAUAAUUGUGUUAUAUAAUUUGUGUGUAAAUUUAAAGAAAGAAAAAAUGAAUAUUAUCAAUUAGGGGUGUGCCGGAUCCGUUUUUUCCAACAGGAUCCGGAUUUUCUUAUGCGAAAUCCGCCGGAUUCGGAUCCGGAUUCAGGUUUCUCCCGGAUUCUGGAUUUUGGUACUUUGCAGAUACCGCUAAAUCUGAGGGGUUGGAUGCCUUCUGAACAGUUGGCACUAUCAUGUAUGGGAUUGGGCCGAUUGGCCACUAUUAGCGGUGCUGACUCUAGCCUCUGGUAUGUUCGGAAUAUUAAACAUUAAACAAGCUCAACGCUCGAAACAAUCGAUUAAUGCAUCGUGAUCGUGUGGAAUUCGGGAAAGAGAAUUACUUUUAUUUCAGAUUAUGAUCCGGCAGACCUGUUUACCCUCAAACCCCUAAAAUCGUACAAUCUGGUCUCAAAAUCGUACAAUACAAUAUCUCUAUAGUAAAUAAAUAAAACUACAAAAUAUUUCCAUAUAUUGUGUAAAUGUCGCUGACUGGAUCUUAUAAAAUACCGGUAUGCCAAAAUCCAACGCUCCACUGCAGAACAGUCGGAUCAUCUAUUUUAUUUUAAAAACCAUCUCUAUUUUUACAAUCGCCGCGGUUCUGAGGAACAAAAUAAUUAUGUACCAAAACUACGUCACACGCUUGGUAGCAGUCAAAGGCGAUGGCGGGUGAAGUUGUCACUAGGGCGACCAAUCCAAAUAUUACUGUUGACGCAGCAGCCAGCUAGUUCACUGUGAUCCCGUCAAUACGAUACGUCGGGGUUAUUUAUUUAUAUCCUUUGACACUCCCACCAAUCCCCUACCCAUGCGUGUCUCGUAUGCCACAAUUUCCGUCAUCAACAACCCCACCUCCCCCAGUCCCCAUGAGUGCUUUCGAAAUAUAAUAAGGAUGGUCCCAACUUUAAAAAAAAAAAAAAUCCAACCAAUCGUUUUUCUCGUUCAUAUUCACUGCCAGAUCUUCAUUAAUGAGGGCUAAAACGUCCAAACCCGAAAAUUUAUUAAUGUUUUUAAAUCGGGGGAAAAUUUUUUCCACCGGGUCUCUGAAAAUCGUCGUUUUGGUGGGCCUUGGCGUUCAAUCGUAAAAGACAUCUAAAAAUCGUACAUUGUACGCCAAAAUCGUAAGAGUAAACAGGUCUGGAUCCGGUGAGUCACAAAAUCUGGCAAAUUCCGAAAUCCGGUAUAUUCCGGAUUCCGGUUGUUCCGGAUACAUGUAAAUCCGGCGGUACCGGAUUUCACCGGAUAGUGCAAAAUCCGGCGGAACCGGAUUCCGGCACACCCCUAUUAUCAAUGUUCUUUAAAGAUUUUGCAACGUGACAUGAAAUAAGAUCGCCUUAAAUAUUCAUUUGAUUAAAAUUUUGAAUGAUUACCAAAUGUAUUUGGGUGAUUGUCUAUGUUCAAUUCCUCAAGGGACAAGGUUAUAAAACAAAAGACCUCUCAGACCUCCAUCAAAUUGAGAAAUAUAAUGAUGCAACUGCGGAAAGUCUGCAAUCAUCCUUAUCUUUUGGAGCACCCUCUAGACCCAAAGACGGGAGAUCUUGCAAUUACAGAAAGCUUAGUGAAAGAGUCUGGGAAAAUGCUAAUCUUGGACCGUAUGUUAAAAGAAUUGAAAAAAAGGGGACACAAGGUAGGUAGCAAUCAUGUUUUCAUUAUAUAACAUUAAUUCUCUCUUUAAAAAAAAAAAAUUAUAAAUAAACAUGUUUACAAUAAUAUGUUAAAAAAUGCAUUUUAUCUCACUUUUAGGUCCUUAUAUUCAGUCAGAUGACUAGAAUGCUUGACUUAAUAGAAGACUUUUGCUACUUGAGAGGCUAUGACUUCUGCAGGCUCGAUGGCUCAACACUUUUAGAUGACCGCAAAGAUGGUGUAAGUAAAAUAUAUUUUUAUUCUGAUUGUGUUAUUUCUAUUGGUUAAUUUUAAUUAUUUUACUGCAAUGUACCUGGGAUGUAAGAUAAACAAGAGUAGAUAUGGGACAAAGAUAUAGAGGGAAAAACUGAAGAAAGGAAAUUUCUAAAUUUUAGAAUAUCUAUCCACAAGAGUUAAUGAAAGAACAGUGCAAUAUACGAGAGAAAUGUAACUUCCCAACAAUGCAAAAGACACAAGGAGAGAAGUGUAACUUCCCAACAUUGCAAUAGACACAAGGAGAGAAAUGUAACUUCCAGCAAGAAUCACACCAUCAUCACGUUGGGACCAACUAAUGGCAAAUUCAGGCUAAAAAAUAUCUAGGAAUCACAGAAUCUGCAUAGAGAUAGUUGACCUGACAAUGCCACAUACCCUGAAGGAGAUACCGGGACACAGAAUGGAUUUCAAAUAUCUCAAAUUAAGUGAUCUGACAAGGAAUUCAAUUACAAUGGAUGAAAGAACUGAAUGAGGAGGGUCAGCAGAAUUUAAUCAUGACCCAGUGGAGACUUUCAAUAGCAUUCUUUGGCCAUUGCCUCAAGCACCAGCUUUCACACUCAGGACACUGGGACUGAAUGAAGAACAUUUGAUGUUCAAAGUGCUUACUUUGUACCUUGAGGACUGCUUUAGUAUGAAAUAUUAUUGUAUUUCUUCAAUGAUCAUUACUCCUGGCAUUUCUUGCAUACUUUUCCCAUGAUUAUUGACCUUUUUAAAGACUUUCUUGGGGAAUGUCUGUAACUUUGUGGCAUACUUUUUUUUUGUUGUACCUCGCUCGGUUGAUAGCCUGAAAGGUCGAUCUGACAUCUUGACACAGUGUUUCAGCUCCUGUAUGCUGGGUGGAGGGAGGGGUGGUUGGGAUGGUGAGCAAUGAGGGUAAAUAAGAAGAGGUGAUUAUACACACAAAAAAAACCCACCCUCCAUGCCUCUAAAAAAAAGCACCCUACAUGCCUCUUCAAAAAAAAACCCACCCUACAUGCUUCUAAAAAAAAAAAACACCUUUCAUACCUCAUCGGUCCAAACUGUUGGAUUUUGGGAUGGGUAAGAGCAGGGCAUUUCAGCAAUUAGACUCAGAUAAACGGACGUCAAGCGGCCAAGAUUUUUAACUCUUUCUCUCCGGAACAACGCUCCCAUCGUCAAUUUGAAAUGAAGAUUUUGGUGUAUCAAUGAUGCCAUCAUUGAUGCAUUAAAACAAAUUUGUUUCGUUUCUAUUGUUAAAUAUUUGUUUUUAAUUACUUUUAAUAAAAUCUAGAAUGAUUUCCCUUUCUUUCAACAUCUGGUAUUUCCUUUUUAAAACUUGAUUUAACGAAGAAAGAAGUGUUUCAAACAGUUGUGAUUGUCAACUUUAUUUCUGUUAACAAACAUGAAAUCUAGGCCUGGAUCCUCUAGCGGUAAAGUUAGAAAAUAUUACACUGAGGAACAAGCAAGGGGAAUUGUUUUUGAAGAGGAUUCAGAUAGUGAUUUUAUCAUUUCUUAUGCAGGUGAUGAUUCUGAUGAAUCGUACAACCCUAGUACUAGUAGUAUUAGUGGGGAUAGUGACAAUGAAAUUGAUACUGUAUCAGCUGAUGAACAAGCAGCCCCUCCCCCAGCUAAAGUGCCUUGUAGAAAAGCAAAGAUUGUUCUUAAAAUGAACAAUGGAUUUUCAAACUGGAAAUCUGCUGACCCGCACAUUAUUGACAAGCUUGUGCUGUCAAUAAAUGAGUAUGCUGCCUACAAAAUAAAAAUUAACACCCCCAACACUCAAAAGAUCUUUUUUUAAUGGCUGGAAACCUGUAAAUAAUUUUGAGAUCUACAAAUUUUUAGCAGUUACUACAAUGAUGGGGAUGAACCCUCGUCCAUGUGUACGUGACUUUUGGUCUACACAUCAAGGGAUGUAUACACCCUGGUUUGCCAAAAUGUUUAAGCAAGAACGAUUUGAAGCAUUGUAUCACUCUUGUCUGCAUGCCUCUGAAGUUGAUGCAGAAAAUAAGUGCAAAAUUGAGCCUUUCAUAAACUCAUUGAUAGCCAAUUUUUCCAGAGCAUUCACGCCACACCAGCAGGUAUCAAUUGAUGAAAUGAUAGUAGGUUUUAAAGGAAGAUGGGCCUAUAAACAAUUUAAUCAGUCAAAACCUCACAAGUACCACAUCAAGAGUUUUGAUCUUGUUGACAGUGCAACAGGAUAUGUUUGUAAUAUCCUAACCUAUUAUGGCUCAAACACAUCGUAACACCCUUCACUGGCUAAAGACAACGGCAUAGCCAUAAAAAAUAUUUGGAACAUUGCUAAAAGAAAUUGGCAGUGGAUACCACAUCUUUGCUGACAGAUGGUAUACUACAAAAGCAUUGUUGGACUUCCUUCAAAAGGAACACUUUUACUUACUUUACUGGUACUGUUCAGACAAACAGAAUAGGAUUCCUGAUAGAAAUAAAGAAUCCGAAGAUUGCACACAUGCAAACAAAAUACUGGGUACACAAUGACAAGACUUUGCUGUGUAUGGCCUUCAAAGAUAAAAAAGCCAAAAAACCUGUUAUUAUUGUAUCCAGUAAUACAACUGCAGAGAAUGUUUUGGUAAAACAGACGUUAAAACGCAUAGCUGUGCAUGAAUACAACCAGUUCAUGAAUGGUUGCGACCGAGCUGACCAACUUCUGGGAUACUAUGGCCAUCACAGUAGGAAGUCAAAUAAGUGGUGGAAAAAGUUAUUUUUCUGGAGCAUUGAGAUCUGCACCAUAAAUGCCUUUAUUCUUCAUAAACUCACAUGGCCAAAGAUCAGAAAAACUCUAGUAAAAUAACCCUGAGAAAUUUCAAGCUACAACUUGUUGAUAAAUUAUCGGAAUAUGCUGCAACCAUAAUUCCAGAGGAAGAAGUUUUCUGAAGUACUAGACCAGGCAGUAGACGUCCCUGUGCCAUCGAGAGACUUAGUGGAGCCAAACAUGCGCCUUUUAACUCCAAAAAGGACAGAGUGUGCAAACAAUGCAGAACAGGGCGAACUGUUUACAUUUGUACUGGAUGCGAUUGAAAUCUGCACAUCCAUUUGGAUUGUUUUAAAGCUUAUCAUAGCUAAAACAAAAUGAAAAUAUAUGACAAAUUUAUGGUGUAUUUUUUAUGGACCAUAACACAUAUAAAUACAAACAAGGAUAGAGCGAAAAUAUUUUAUAGUAGCGUCAAAAUGUUUUCAAUGCAAACAGUUGUUUUUUUUUCUGAAAAUUUUUAUGUAUAUGUGACAAUGGAUAAUGCGCUCUGGUCUUUCAUUUUGUGUUUCUUAUAAUGUGAUGAUUAUUCUUUGUGAUGAACAUAUGAAUGUAGUUUAGAAAAAAGUAUAUAUUGUGACACUUUGGAUUGUAAAUUUCUCUUUGACUGACUUGGAAUGAGCGUUAAGCGAAAAUUUGUUAAGAUUUUUUUAAAAAUAUUUUUUUUAUGUUCAUUAAAUAAAAAUCAAAUUUAUUUAUUAAAACUUAAAGCUAAGUCUGUAUUGUCUGUAAACAGCAUGCUUUCCCCUUUAUAAUUCCAUACCAAACUUAGCACUUUCUGAUGAAAAACAAAAAAGUUAUGAAGGUUUAAGAGACAACAUAGUAGUGCGUAACAAAAUCGCAAAAUAGAUAAUUAUGUCAGAACGUGGAAAAUAAUUUCGGAGAGAAAGUUAAAUUCUAGUUUUGAGUUUAUUCCUUGGUAAAGGGUUAAACCACUUUAAUUUAACCAUGAUUUUGUAAGCAUUUGUGGUUUUUUUUUAAAUUUCUCUUGUUAAUAAUUAAAGAUUAUCUUUAUCAUACUUGCGUGUAGAAAAUUAAAAAAAAGUAUGCAAAAUAAUUAUUUUAAAGAUGAGUUUGAACACUAAAAAACAGAAAGUAACUUUAAAUUUCUUAAAAUGCAUUAAAAGGAAGUAUGUGCAGAAAAUAUUUUCAAAAACUAACCCUAAAAAAAACAUCAACGAUUUUUCUACAUUUAAAUUCCAUACUUUCGUCUUCAUAAAGUGUUUUACUACCUUUCUGCUCAGACUUUCUUUUUGAAAUGCAUUUGUUUAAAAAAAAAAAUUUUUUUAAAAGUUAUUUUCUAGUUUUAGGUGUGUUUAAACUUGUGUUAAAAAGGAAGUCUUAGUUUAAAAGUUUUUUAUAUACUUUUAUACUCAACAUUCACUUUUGGAUUGGCCUAGUUAUUAAAAUAUAAUUGAAUGUAUGAUCUUAUAACAUAUUUUCUUUGUUUUCAAUACAGAUGACCGCGUUCAAUGAUGCUAGUUGCAAAAAAUUUCUCUUUCUACUGAGUACCAGAGCUGGUGGUCUUGGUAUCAACCUAAUAGGGGCAGACACAGUCAUCCUCUAUGACAGUGACUGGGUAAGUAUCAACCUAAUAGGGGCAGACACAGUCAUCCUCUAAGACAGUGACUGGGUAAGCAUCAACCUGAUAGGGGCAGACACAGUCAUCCUCUAUGACAGUGACUGGGUAAGUAUCAACCUGAUAGGGGCAAAGUCAUCCCAUGACAGUGACUGGGUAAGUAUCAACCUGAUGGGGCAAACACAGUCAUCCUUCAUGACAGUGACUGGGUAAGUAACAAUCUAAUAGGGGCAGACACAGUCAUCCUCUAUGACAGUGACUGGGUAAGUAUUAACCAGAUGGGGCAGACACAGUCAUCCUCUAUGACAGUGACUGGGUAAGUUCUUUCAAAAUAUGGUAAUACAACUAAUUGUAUUGAUAUAUUUAAAGUAAGAAAUUUGUAGAUAGGAAUUCUGAUACCAGCCUUAAACAGUUUCUUUGAUGAUGAAAAAUAGAAAGCACACAUUUAUAAUGGUUCCUGUUGUGUAAGUUUUUACAGAUAGCUUAGAAUUCACUAACAUAAUUUUGUUUAAAAAUUAUAAUUCUAUAUUAAUGGUCUGGUUAUCACGAGUGGCCAAAUGUAUCACAGGUAAUAUUUCAAUUAAUUUAUUAGUUUCUGUAUUCUACGAAGAAUGUGGUUUAAAUUCUCCAGUCCAGUAUGUUUUUCUAUCCCCCCCCCAGAAUCCUCAAUGUGAUCUUCAAGCUCAAGACCGUUGUCAUCGUAUUGGUCAGACUAAGCCUGUUGUUGUGUAUCGCUUUGUGGCAGCUAACACUAUUGAUCAGAAGAUAAUAGAAAGAGCUUCUGCAAAAAGGAAACUGGAGAAAAUGGUCAUUCACAAAGGUUAGUUUUAGGAAGAUAUUUGCAUUAUGUUUGGUAUCAAUUAUCGCCAAAUUUAAAUAAAUCUUUUUAUAACUUGAACUUAAUUUCAGUAAGAGGGUAAUAAGGGUAAUAAGACUGCAAUUAUGUUAGCACAAUAGGAAAUUAGUAAAACAAAAUAAGGUUAAACCUGAAAAAAGUAACGCAACAAAACAACGAACGUGUCGGCAGGAAGCCUACGUCGGUGAACAAACAUAAAAAUCAGAAUAAAAUUAAAAAAUAGCACUUGGCUGGGAAGUAGUAUCCAAGAGGGCAGCAAAUGAAUUGUGCUGCCCUCUUGGAUACUACUUCUCAGCUAAGUGCUAUUUUUUCAGGUUUAGCCUUAAUUUGUUUGACAAAUUUCCUGUUAAUUUCAGUAAGCUUGGAUAUGUUUGAAUGUCAAGUCAAAGUUACGUAGAAGCUACCUUACUUAUUUGAGGAACCAGAUUCUGCAUCUCAUCUCUAGGAAAGUUCAAAAAGGGAAACUUCAUGUCAAAAUCAAAGCCAAUUAGCUCUGAGGAGUUGCGAGAUUUGUUGCAGUCUAAAGAUCAUGAUGUAGAAGUACAUGGAACAGAUUUUGUCAUCAAUGAUGCUGAUUUAGAAUCUCUCCUUGAUAGAUCGGAUCUGUAUGAGAAAUGGCAG